AUGGGGAGCGUUGAAGAAGAGCGAGCGUGGGAUGUGGAAGAGACCAUCUUCGUUGCGGUGGGGAACGACGUGAAGCAGAGCGAAACGACGCUGUUUUGGGCCGUGAAGAACUUCGUAGGCAAGAGCAUCUGCCUCCUUCACGUUCAGCAACCUUCACCGUAUGAAGGAAAUAGUUCAGCAGAAUUACGCAACCUUCUAAAUGAAUACCAAUUGAUUCUGAUCGGAGCUGGAGCUAGUGAAGUAUGGAUUGAGAUGGACAAUGUUGAGGAGGGGAUUGUGGAAAUGAUUGCUCGGCACGGUAUUAGGUGGCUUGUCAUGGGGGCAGCUGCAGAUGAACUCUAUACCGAGAGAUUGGCGGAGAUAAGGUCCAAUAAGGCUGUUUUUGUGUGUCAAAAGGCAGCUAGUUCAUGUCAUAUUUGGUUUGUGUGUAAGGGCCACCUCAUAUAUACAAGGGGAAACAGAGAAUAUAAUUCUGAAAUAGAGAAUGCCCCUCCUUUGCUGCUGCUAAAUUCGGCUACUGGAACAGAGGAACUGGAGCAAUUCAGUACAGAAUCAACUCUUUGGCUGAGAAAUCUAGAUGCUGAGGAGGAUAUCAAUGACGUGGAAGAUUUGUCGUGGAGGUUGACCUCGUUACUGAUAGACGAGGAGGAAAAAUCAGCGGCUGGAAGUUAUGAGAAAGUAAAGCAAGCCGUUUUGCACAGAAAGAACUCAAAACAAAAGGAAUUUGAAGAUACAGCGAGGAGGUGGGAAGUAGAAGAUGAUGCCAUGGAGGCCAAAUGCAAGGUCAAAGCAUUUGAAAGCUUAUGCACUAAGGAGAUGACACGAAGAAAAGAGUUGGAAGAGAAGCUCGCUACAGUAAGGCAGGAAGCAGAAGGUGUAAAGGAUGAAUGUGAAAAAUUUAUAGAACAAGUCCAGAUGGUCCAGAAUAAGAACUUAGUGCUGGAGGGUCAACUAGCAGAGUCACAAUGUACAGUAAAGGAGUUAGAGGAGAAGAUCAUCUCUGCAGCGCAGCUCUUGAUUAGUUUUAGAGAAAAACGGGAUAACUUGCAAAUAGAGUAUAGAAAUGCAAUACGAAAGGUUAAACAACUGAGCACAUUAGGGAAAGCUGCAAGCAUUUGUCAUGCGGAAUUCCCCAUGUUCUCUUUUAUGGAGAUCAAUGAGGCAACUCAGAAUUUUGACCUAUCCCAGAAGAUUGGAGAAGGAAGGUAUGGAAGUGUUUAUAGAGGGAUUCUCCGCCACAUGCAUGUUGCAAUAAAGAUGUUGCCCUCUUAUGGUUCUAAGAAGCAAUUAGACUUCCAAAAUGAGGUAGAGGUCUUGAGCAGAGUAAGGCAUCCAAACCUGGUGACACUAAUUGGAAUGUGUCCAGAAUCUAGGUCACUUGUGUAUGAAUACCUUAAAAAUGGCUGCCUUGAGGACCACCUUGCAGGCAAAGACAAAUCUCCACCUCUUCCAUGGCAAAUUCGAACAUGCAUUGCUACUGAAAUAUGCUCUGCCCUUAUCUUCCUUCACUCAAAUAUCCCUCGUAUUGUCCAUGGGAAUCUAAAACCAAGCAACAUUCUCUUGGAUGCAAACUUUGUGAGCAAACUUGGUGAUUUGGGCAUCGCUUCCUUGAUCCCACAGAAUGAAGAUCCAGCCAACUUCACCAAAAUAUGUAAUGACCCAAAUGGAACUUCUGUAUAUAUGGAUCCAGAGUAUAUUGAGACAGGAAAGCUUACACAAGAAUCAGAUGUUUACUCAUUUGGGAUUAUAUUAUUACGACUCUUAACUGCAAGACCACUAUCGGGGAUAGUGAAAGAUGUGAAAUGCGCACUGGAGAAUGACAGCAUCAGUGGUUUGUUGGAUGUUUCAGCUGGAGACUGGCCACUAGAGCAAGCAAAGGAGUUAGCGCUCUUAGCAAUGAGGUGUUGUGAGAAGAACCGGUUGAAUCGGAUGGACCUAUCUGUCGUCCAUGAGGUGAUGAGAACUUCAUGUUCGGCCUCUGAGUCUUGCUUGAUUUCAAAGAAGCUUCUCCGAACACCAUCCCAUUUCGUCUGCCCCAUCUUUCAGGAAGUGAUGACUGAUCCGCGUAUAGCAGCAGAUGGUUAUACAUAUGAAGAAGAGGCAAUACGAGGAUGGUUCAAGAGCGGACACAGUACGUCACCAAUGACAAAUCUUGAGCUUGAACACUGCAAUCUGGUUCCCAAUUAUGCACUUCAGUAUGCAAUUCAUCAGUGGCAACUACAGUAGUGGGUUUU